AUGAAGCGUAACAAUGAAGGCGGCAAGCCCAUCUCGGCAUCGGGGAGACCGGGAUGCAAAGGGGAUCCCAGAAUGAAUCGAGCCGUAGCUGUGCGACUUGAAAACCCAGAAGUCCCCCUCUUUCAUGCAUUGCGAAUGGGGGGCUUCAACUUCCCUGCCAACGAGGAUUCAUCUACGUUGGACAAUGACCAAGUUACCCUGGGCCAGCGAAAGAAUCAACUUUUGAGGCGCCUCAGACAGCUGGCUAAGAAGCAUCAGAACGAACAGAUGCAACAGCAAUUCCAACAGCUCCAGCAGCAACAAUCUGAACAACAACAAAGGCAGCAGCAACAACAACAGCAGCAGCAACAGCAGUUCCAACAACUGCAAAUGGCGCAGCAGAUUCAACGUCAGGCUGCCCUCCCCGCUGCGGAUACGCCUACGUCGCCAACUGCAGUGGAGAGGGCUACCCAUCUGAUCUAUCAGUUACAGCAACAAGGGCAGGUACCCCACCAGCAACACCAAGUGCAGCUCCAGCAGCUUCAGCCACAGCAUCCGCAUGGGCCCCUGCAAGCAACACAGCUAGCAGUUCCUGCGGUGGGUCAGCAGCUGCCGUCGGGUCAGCCCAACUUCAAUUAUCUUCCCACUGCCGAAUCAUCUGGGGUCAAAAGGCAGGCGCCGGACGGAGGGACAGGUCCAGUGGGUGAUUCUAUUGCAAGUCAACAGGGGCAAGAAAAGCGGAUGGCCUUGUCCCAACAGGAUGUGGAGCCCCUGCGGUCAUUCACCCAACUAAAUUUGCCCUCGUCAGGUCAACAGGGACAUCAGCAAUCAGAACAAGGCAGUGCCGCAGGAAGCAGUAACCGCCAGUCAUCCUCGUCCCCAAACCAAACCAUCCGCAACCAGAUCAUGUUGCCAACGCAAAUGUAUCCAAUCAUUCAGCUGACUGACGUGCCCAUUCUGCGCAACAUGCCACAAGGGCAGCAGCAGGGUGGUACCAACAUGGCAUGCUCAGAAGAGAAGGCCCACUCUUCGCAUGAGGCUCCGUCGCAGCCCCUCUUGGGGGUUCAGUUGUUUCCAGCUCCUCAGCCGGCUGCCCAAGAAGUCCCUCCUCAUCAUCAUCCCGGCCAAUUACAUCACGGUUUCGCUGAAUCUGCUCAGCAGCAACAACUCCAGCCGCAAAACGAUCCAGCCGCUCUGUCCAAUGAAAACCAAGCCAAGGAACGCAUGGCACUGUCCUUGUUCCAGUCAGAACUCAAGACUCUCUACUGUCGCAGCAUGCUGGCAGCAGGAUAUACGCCCGAUGACACGACCAACCGAAGUCCCCUCUUUCGGCAGUUUGCGUUCAAUGCUUGGAAACAAGAAUGUGAGCGACUUCAGGAGAUCCUUGGGAACGAUGGUGGAGGGACUGUAAGCGACGGUAAUGCUGCUGGUAACCAGGCCAAUGCAACUGGCAACAACGACCCAGGACGAAGUGCGUCAUCAUCUCAGUCAGGAGGGUCGAUAUCCUUGCACCGAGGAGAAACUUCACUGCACCAUCACCAACAUGAUCCUAGUUACCAUCCUCCUCCGGGCAAAACCGAUGGUCAUCCCACAUGA